AUGAGCAACAAUGAAACAGACCUAACCACUGGUUUCAUCUCCUCUUCUGUAGCCAUCCUUUUGUUUGGCUCAAACUAUGUGCCACUUAAAAAAUAUGAUACUGGUGAUGGCAUGUUUCUCCAGUGGGUACUUUGCGCUGCCAUAUGGUCGGUUGCCUUGGUGGCCAAUCUGAUAUUACGUUGCCCUAAGUUUUGGCCUUUUGCAAUGGUUGGGGGCUGCAUUUGGGCGACAGGGAACGUUGCUGUUGUCCCAAUUAUCAAAACCAUUGGUUUAGGCCUUGGACUCUUAAUCUGGGGAUCACUUAAUGCCUUAACUGGCUGGGCAAGUUCAAGGUUUGGCUGGUUUGGAAUGGAUGCAGAAGAAGUAUCAAAACCACUGCUAAAUUACUUUGGAGCUGGGCUAUCAGUUGUGAGUGCUUUCAUAUUUUUGUUCAUCAAAAGUGAAAUACCAAAUAACAUGUGUUCUGUGGACACCACACCAUUAAUGACAGAGCAUGUGAUCAACAAAACUCAAGAUCCCUGUCCUGGUUAUUUCUGGGUGGAUAAACUUUCUACAGUGCAGUCUCGCAUAGUGGGCUGCAGUCUCGCAGUAAUAUCUGGAAUACUCUUUGGCUCCACAUUUGUGCCAAUCAUUUAUAUCAAGGACCACGGCAAAAGAAAUGAUAGUAUAUAUGCAGGGGCAAGCCAGUAUGAUUUAGAUUAUAUUUUUGCAUACUCCAGUGGCAUCUUUCUUACAAGUACAGUCUAUUUUCUGGCCUACUGUAUAACCAUGAAAAAUAAUCCCAAGCUAUAUCCUGAAGCAGUCUUGCCAGGAUUCCUGUCAGGCGUACUUUGGGCAAUAGCUUCCUGUUCUUGGUUCAUAGCUAAUCACACUCUCAGUGCUGUGGUCAGUUUUCCGAUAAUCACUGCUGGUCCAGGAUUUGUAGCUGCAAUGUGGAGUGUCUUCAUAUUUAAGGAAAUACAGGGUCUACAAAACUACCUGUUAAUGAUAUUUGCAUUUUUCAUCAUCUUGUCUGGAGCGUUAUGCAGUGCUUUUUCUAAAAUCUAA